AUGACCUUGCAACAUAUAGCGCAGUUCAAUGACACCUGCGAUUGGAUAACUGCCCCGAUUAGACGUAUUAUCUUCAAUCCCUACGGACCCGAAAGAGUUUUAUUAACGCGCGAUGACACGGUGAUGUUAUUUCUUGAUAAGGAUAUGGAUGCUAUAAAGUUGAGAUAUUUUAGACAGUUGCACAUCAGCUGCGGAGCAUUUCGACCCUGGACCGGAAAUGAGCUGGCUGUGGGUGGAGCUGGUGGCAUCUGUCUGUGGUAUCAGGGUGACAUGGAGAUGCCACACGAGUUGUAUCCAUUUUGGAUCAGUCUGCAGAAUGAAGAAGACUUUGUGCUGAAUCUACAGUGGCUGAGGCACGGACAUCACUUCGCCUGUGCUCUGCUUUACGCACGUUGCAUCCAGUUGUGGCAACCGGAGACGCUGCAAGUGAUGCAGGAAAUCCAGAUGCGAUAUGCCGAUAGUUUUCUCUGGGCAUUGAGCUAUCAACCGGACAUUGAAGAGCUCUUUCUCUUCUUGAAUACUGAUAAAGAUAAUAGUGAUGAUGAUAAUAAUGAUAAUAAUCAUGAGGAUGAUAGUACUAAUGAUUAUGAUGAUGAUAAUGAUAUGGAUUUGAUAGGUAGUUGGCACUACGAUAGUUUUCAGGAUUGGGAAGUUCAGAUAACAGGAACGCAGAUCUUGCAAUCGGCUUGUUGGACAACUCUCGGACAUUUUCUGUUUGUGGCAAGGAACUGUUGCAAGGUCUUUAGUUGUACUCCCCAUGCGGAACAUGGAAUAUUCCUUAAUCCCAGGGAAGAAUGGUCCGUGGAGAUCGCUAUCGAUCUCUCAUUUAUCGAGAUCGAUGGCCUGCGCUACAAUUGCAGCGAGCCGCAGGCAUUGUCUAUCGAUCCGUGCAACAUCCAUGUGGCAAUACUGCUCAAGAGGCAACCCUAUUUACUGCUCUGCUUGCAUCAUGCCGAUUUCGGUUGCCAGAUCCGUUUGACACCACUCCAAGUGAUCCAAGUGAUCGGUGCUCAUCCCUGUUUCAAUAUCUAUCCCACAUGCUGCACAUUUGCCGCCGAUGAUGAUGUCGAUAACAUGGAUGUCACCGAUAACGAUGACGAGCAAUGGGAGCAAAUGAAAUAUUCCCUGUUCAUCGGCUGGUCAUCGGGCUACGUGCAACAGGUGACACUCGGGGACACUGAUGCGGAGGAGACACGAUAACUGUGGCAGUAGAAUACCCUGCAGUUUCGAUAACAAUCGAUUAAUCGCUUCUAAUAGGUCAAUUUAUCAAUGCUAUUAUAGAACAAACAAUGAAAUGUCUACAAAUCUUGUAAGCUUGUAGCAUUUUAUCGAUGAACUACAACUGCAUUGAUCGACUAACAGAUACCCUAUACAUGGAGUUGUUUUUUUUAAUUAUUAUUUUUAGUGUAUUUUGUGUAAUUUUUGUAAAACAAGUAUUCCAUGCAGUUGUGAUAUUAGUCGAUUAGUCGAAAUUUUUAGCUACUUCUCUUAAAUAUUACAA